AUGGCGAGUAUACACGGCGGUGUCGGCGGGUUCCUCCUUCGCCGUGCCGCCGCGAAGAGCAUUCGACAGAAGUACCAGACCGGCCCACAGUUCAAUAGACGCAAGUUCUUUCAAUUCCCAAAGGGCCAUCACCGUCUCCACCGUCGCAUCGGCGGCAUUCAGUGCGGCUCACCAACGCAGCAGCGGGAACACGCGCGCUUCUCGCAUCUCCCUGGAGACACUCGAACCCGGCCGCAGCACGACUUUACUUUUGGUGGAAAACGAGCUGAUGGCGCCAUGUACGCCUGGCGAAAGCGCGGCAACCUGCAACUUUACCAAAUGGGUGGAAAACCCGAAACAUUUGUCUGCUAUCGUUGUGGUUAUCCGGUGCGCAGCCAACUCGUGGCGAUCAAGGCAGACAACUGGGAUUUCCGGAUGUGCUACAGGUGUUACACGAGCACCGUGCACCACGGGAUGGAGAAUGAUACAUGA